AUGGCAAUCUCACCACAAAGCUCCCUUGCUGGUAACAGCAGCCUAGACUCUCUCGAUGAUGCAGAGAAGGGCAUAUAUGACAGCUCGGCGGAAUUGAGGGCGCCUCCCCCUUUCGUCUACAUGGGCCAGAAGAGGGAACUUCACUUGGACACCCGCCUUUCCCCCACCUCCCCAGUCCACGAAGGCAUCACGCCGCUGUCCAGUGUGCCGGAACUGUCUCUGUCCAUGCCAAUAACUGCAAAGGCCAUCAACGCCAACGUACUUGAGACGACGGUCAAAAAGCCGGCACCACCAAAACCAAAGAUCAGUCGAUGGAUACUUGCAGAACUUUGGUUCAACACAUACCGGAGGUUCUUCACACUCAUUGUUUUGCUCAACUUGACUGGAAUUAUCGUGGCAGCACUAGGACGCUUUCCUUACGCUGAGAAUCACAUGGGCGCCUUGGUACUGGGCAACCUCCUCUGCGCCAUCCUGAUGCGAAACGAACUAUGGAUACGUUUUCUAUACACAAUUUGCAUAUACGGCCUGCGGGGGCUGGCUAGUGUUUAA